CCUUUUUAAAUCCUCUAACCAGCCCACUUCUCUUCACUGCACCCUUCCAAUCUUGCUUUAUAGUCCAUAAAAUUUUCUCUCUUCUUCUAGACUUUGUUCUUGUAGGAAAGGAAAAUGACCCGAAUUAAAGACAUCCUGACCAAAUUUUCUGAUUCUGGCAAACACAUUUCCUCCGCCAAGAAACACAAGAAAAUUUUCUUAGCAGUUUUUGCAUCGUUAGUGAUUCUUGCUGCUAUAAUUGGUAUUGUUGCCGGAGUUAAUUCACGAAAUAACUCUGAUGAAACAGAUACUUCCCAUCAUGCCAUUGUAAAAUCUGCUUGUAGCAGCACACUCUAUCCUGAUUUAUGCUUUUCAGAAGUUGCUUCAGCUUCUGCUGCUGCCACCAAGAAGGUUACUAGCCAAAAAGAUGUUAUCGAAUUGUCCCUUAACAUCACAACCACUGCUGUUGAACACAACUACUUCAAAAUUAAGAAGCUGUUGGCUAAAAAGGGUCUCACUGAACGUGAAAAGACAGCUCUUCAUGAUUGUUUGGAGACCAUAGAUGAGACCCUUGACGAGCUUCACCAGGCUGUUGAGGAUCUGCAUGAGUAUCCUAAUAAGAAAUCACUGACUCAACAUGCGGAUGACCUCAAGACCCUGAUGAGUGCUGCCAUGACCAACCAAGAAACUUGCUUGGAUGGCUUCUCUCAUGAUGAAGCCGACAAGAAAGUCCGUAAAGUCCUGAUUGCUGGUGAGAAGUAUGUUGAAAAAAUGUGCAGCAAUGCACUAGCCAUGAUCAAGAACAUGACAGACACUGAUAUUGCAAAUGAGAUGCGCAAGACAUCAAACAGGAAGCUCAAGGAGGAAGAAAUUGAUGGCGUUGCCUGGCCAGAGUGGUUGUUAGCCGGAGACAGGCGUCUGCUUCAGUCGUCUUCGGUGACCCACGACGUGGUUGUGGCGGCAGAUGGUAGUGGGAACUACAAAACAGUGUCGGAAGCGGUGGCCAAAGCACCCGAGAAAAGCAGCAAAAGGUAUGUCAUUAAAAUCAAAGCAGGUGUCUACAGAGAAAACGUGGAAGUCCCCAAGAAGAAGACUAACAUAAUGUUCAUGGGAGAAGGAAGAACUAGAACGAUCAUCACCGGGAAUAGGAAUGUGGCCGAUGGAAGUACAACUUUCCACUCUGCUACAGUUGCUGUGGUUGGUGAACGGUUCCUUGCCCGAGACAUAACCUUCCAAAACACAGCAGGUCCCUCAAAGCACCAAGCCGUUGCCCUUCGUGUUGGCUCUGAUCUCUCAGCAUUCUACCAAUGUGACAUUCUAGCAUACCAAGACAGUCUCUAUGUUCACUCCAAUCGACAAUUUUAUGUGAACUGCCUCAUAGCAGGAACCGUUGAUUUUAUCUUUGGCAAUGCUGCAGCUGUGCUCCAAAACUGUGACAUCCAUGCUCGAAGACCCAACUCGGGGCAGAAAAACAUGGUGACAGCCCAAGGCAGGACUGACCCAAACCAAAACACAGGCAUUGUUAUUCAGAAAUGUAGGAUAGGUGCCACUUCUGAUUUGCAGUCUGUUAGGAGCAACUUCGCAACAUAUCUUGGAAGGCCCUGGAAGGAAUAUUCAAGGACUGUUAUAAUUCAAACAUCUAUCACUGAUGUGAUUCACUCUGCAGGGUGGCACGAGUGGAGUGGGAGUUUUGCCCUGAAAACAUUGUUUUAUGGUGAGUACCAGAACACCGGAGCAGGUGCUGGAACUUCUGGAAGAGUGAAAUGGGAAGGGUUCAAGGUGAUCACUAGUGUAAGUGAGGCUCAGGCGUAUACUCCUGGCAGGUUCAUUGCUGGUGGAAGUUGGUUAAGCGCUACAGGCUUUCCUUUCGCUCUUGGGUUAAGUUGAUGCACGUAUUGUGAUGAAGAUACCUACUUCAUUGUUGAUUUGAGACUACUUUGCCACCAUGUUUCUUUUAAAUUAUUACUAGAUAAUGGUAAUAAUAAGCGUAUGCCAUGGUUUUCUUCAAAUUCAUCUGAUGACAGAAUUUAAUGACAAAUUCCAUGUUAAAAGUAGAAACAUCCAAAUCAUUCAAAACCAUCCGGCAUUGGUAUGUGGGUUAUGAGUUAAAGCCUUGACAGUAAGCUAGUGGAUGGGCUGGAUACCAAUAGGGCCAUCAUUCAUUUUGUCAGCCUGGAAUAAAUCCAUGGUUUUCCUUCAUCUAGAAACUGCUACAUACUAGGAUUACUAUAACCAUUGGGGUCAACUUGCAAAUAAUGCAGCGAGAAUUUUCUUGAUGCCCUUGGUGAGAAAAUGAGACUUCCGAUACUAAGUUGCAAUGCAUGCUUUAUUGCUUUAUACUUGCUGGAUGUUGACAGCAAACGGGGCCAAAUGCUAGCACCUGGUUUUACACUUUAGUGGGUUCCAAAUAAAACCUAGGGAAAGCAAAAGCUUGUUUGAGUGGGACAGUUGGAAGGACAAUGUUAAUCCCAUUUCUUUUUCCACUACCAAACCAUCAUUUUUCUCAAAGGAAUUGAUGCCCACAAAUCUAAAGACAAAAAUCCUUAUAUACCUUAUUCUACUUGAUGUCUAUACCUUUCAAUAUUCCCCUUGUCGAUUCACUAUUUGUUCUAAUGCACUUGCAUUGGUCGGGUUCUCUUCUUGCCUAAGACUAAUUAAAAUCGUAUCAACUGGGGUUUUGAAUAAUUAAUAUUUUUGACAAAUGAAAAUUUCAAAUGCUGCCAAUAUAUAAAAUUUCGUAAAUCAUGCCGAAGACACAUCUCUAUUUCUUAAUAAUUCGCCACUGUCAUGCUCAUUUCAUAUACCUUUUGUAAAAUUAAAUCAUGAAAAUGAAAACAAAAUCAAAACAUAGAUAAAGAGACCGAAAAACAAAAUGUUGGCGCGAUCAACGGGUACGCGUAGUGAUGUUUCACAGCUAGCACAUGGCAGGGAGUCUAAGAAGCAAAUGCGAAUCUGUCCAAGUGACAAUGACCAAAAUGAAAAAAUGAAAACCAAUUUCGGACGACUAAUCCUUUCUCAAUAUUAAAAAAAAAAAAAAAGGAAAUUGUCAAUCUUCAUAAGUUAGUGGCAUCCAACGCUCCAACGUCUAAUAAUAAAUUUUAGUUUGAUGAAGAAAAAUUGUUUAAUUAAUCGAACAAAAUGAUGAGAGUUCACAUGCUCCAAUUGUGUGGAUCCAAGUGGUGAUGAUGCGGCUGGCUAGCCAAAACUUGUUAGAAAUAUUGACAGAUCAAUUAUUUGCCCUUUUUAGUGGCAUUUUAUUAGGUUAGUCAAAACUUAUAAUAAAUCUUUUGAAGACGGAUUUUUUUUUUAAAAAAGAAA